AUCCAGUUCGUAGCCCAAACGGAAGCGCUGACGUGCGCACUCAAAGUAAAAUACUAAACAAGCUCUUCUUUUGUCUUCUCUUCCGGAGUUCACCAUUUCUUCCGGGAAACAAACACAAGGCUCAUAUUCCUCUGAUCUCCAGACGACGCCAUUCUGCUCUCACUUUGCAUGCCCUCAUCAUCUCUAGCUUUUCUCUUUCUUCCAUCUCCUUCUCUCCAAUUCGCCGCCGCACCUUCACAUCCCAAACCCAUUGCCUUCAAACCCUCACCUUCACCCUCUCCCUCACUCCUCGCGAUGAAGGACCGGCCUCCGUCUUCGUACGGCGCCGUUUACGUUCCUCCGCACCAUCGCCUCCGGUCAGUCAUCACUAGCCCUAAUUACACCUCUGCUGCUUCAAUUGGCUCCAAGCUCCGCGAGAACCAGAGUGCUGCUCUGAACCGUAGGAGCACCAAUGGUACUCUGACUUACUACCAGACUCAGCAGCAGGAGCAGCUGCAGAAGCCCAAGUUGCAGCACAAUUCUGCUUACGACGACGGCGUUUCUGAGGAAGGGUCCGAUCGCGAAGUUGAGUUGCCAUCGCGUCCGACUCAGGGUGCUUCCCCGUCUGAUAACAUUGAUGAUUGGAAACGGAGACUAACAAUGCUGUUACGUGACAAGGAGAAGCAAGAGUUCGUUUCAAGGGAGAAAAAAGAUAGACGUGAUUUUGAGAAAAUAGCUGCUUUGGCAAGCAGAAUGGGGCUUUAUAGCCAUCUAUAUGCAAAAGUUGCUGUCUUUAGCAAGGUCCCACUGCCAAACUACAGAUUUGACCUCGAUGACAGGCGCCCUCAGAGAGAGGUGACCUUGCCUCUUGGGUUGCUGAGGAGAGUUGAGGGCUAUCUUGGAGAAUUCCUUUCUCAGAAGUCUAGGAGGAAGGAAGGGCUUCCAGAUGCUUCCUUUUCUAGAUCAAACAGUAGUGGCAGCAUUGCUACUGAUGAAGGGCUUUUUGAGCAACCGGAAUCAUUGGCGUCUAGUAAGGUUGUAAUGGAAAAAAUUCUUUGGCGGAGAAGCUUGCAGCUGCGUGAUAAGCAACAAGCUUGGCAGGAAUCUCCUGAGGGUAGAAAAAUGCUGGAACUUCGGAGAAGUCUCCCUGCCUAUAAAGAGAAGGAUGCAUUGUUGACUGCAAUUUCACGAAAUCAGGUUGUUAUCAUAUCAGGUGAAACUGGCUGUGGCAAGACCACUCAAAUUCCACAAUUCAUUCUAGAAUCUGAGAUAGAAGCUGUUCGUGGAGCUGUUUGUAGUAUUAUAUGUACACAGCCUAGACGAAUAUCUGCUAUGUCUGUUUCUGAAAGAGUUGCUUCAGAGAGAGGGGAGAAAUUGGGUGAAUCAGUUGGGUAUAAGGUUCGGUUAGAGGGUAUGAAAGGGAGGGACACUCGCCUUCUCUUUUGCACCACUGGCAUUUUGUUGAGAAGAUUACUGGUUGAUAGAAAUUUGAAAGGUGUAACUCAUGUGAUUGUUGAUGAAAUUCAUGAACGUGGAAUGAAUGAAGAUUUUCUGCUUAUUGUUCUCAAGGAUCUCCUACCUCGUCGACCAGAACUGAGGCUGAUUCUGAUGAGCGCAACCCUAGAUUCUGAACUUUUCUCAUCCUACUUUGGUAGGGCUCAGAUAAUUCAUGUUCCAGGUUUUACAUAUCCAGUUCGAACUCAUUUUCUGGAGGAUGUUCUGGAAAUUACGGGCUGCAGAUUAACUCCAUACAAUCAGAUUGAUGAUUAUGGUCAAGAAAAGAUGUGGAAAAUGAGCAAACAGGCACCAAGAAAGAGGAAAAGCCAAAUUGCAUCCGUUGUUGAGGAUGCACUUAAAGCAGCCGAUUUUAAUGGGUAUGGUCCCCAGACUCAGGAAUCUCUAGCAUGUUGGAAUCCUGAUUGUAUCGGUUUUAAUCUCAUAGAGUAUCUUUUGUGCAAUAUCUGUGAGAGUGAAAGGCCUGGUGCUAUUCUAGUUUUUAUGACUGGAUGGGAUGACAUCAACUCUCUGAAGGAAAAGUUACAUGCCAAUCCUCUCUUAGGUGAUUCAAGCCGAGUCUUGUUGCUUGCAUGCCAUGGUUCUAUGGCAAGUUCUGAGCAGAGGUUAAUAUUUGAUGAGCAUGAGGAUGGAGUGAGGAAAAUAGUGCUGGCUACUAAUAUUGCUGAGACAAGCAUCACAAUUAAUGACGUUGUUUUUGUUCUUGAUUGUGGAAAGGCAAAAGAGACUUCAUAUGACGCACUGAAUAAUACUCCUUGUUUGCUUCCUUCCUGGAUUUCCAAGGUGUCUGCUCAACAAAGAAGAGGAAGAGCUGGACGUGUCCAGCCUGGGGAAUGUUAUCAUCUCUAUCCUAGAUGUGUAUAUGAAGCAUUUGCAGAGUAUCAAUUGCCAGAAAUUUUGAGAACGCCUCUGCAGUCUCUCUGUCUGCAAAUAAAAAGUUUAAACCUAGGAAGCAUUUCUGAGUUCUUAUCUAGGGCUCUGCAGUCACCAGAGUUACUCGCGGUGCAAAAUGCCAUAGAGUAUUUAAAGAUCAUUGGGGCCUUAGAUGAGAACGAGAAUCUGACUGUUUUAGGACGCUAUCUAACUAUGCUUCCUGUGGAGCCAAAACUUGGAAAGAUGCUCUUGGUAGGCGCCAUCUUCAACUGCCUGGAUCCAGUUUUAACUAUUGUUUCUGGCCUUAGUGUCAGAGAUCCUUUCCUAACACCAUUUGACAAGAAAGACCUUGCUGAGGCGGCAAAGUCACAGUUUUCACGAGAUUAUAGUGAUCACCUUGCUCUUGUGCGGGCCUAUGAGGGCUGGAAGGUUGCUGAAAGAGACUUUGCUGGGUAUGACUACUGCUGGAAGAACUUUCUUUCAGCACAAUCGAUGAAAGCUAUUGAUUCUCUUAGGAAGGAAUUCUUCUCUUUGCUCAGAGAUACUGAUCUUGUUGAUGCCAACACCACCACCCAUAAUGCAUGGAGUUAUGACGAGCAUCUCAUCCGUGCAGUUAUUUGCUAUGGCCUGUAUCCUGGAAUUUGCUCUGUUGUGCACAAUGAGAAGUCAUUCUCAUUGAAAACUAUGGAGGACGGUCAGGUACUGCUAUACUCGAACUCUGUCAAUGCUCGGGAACCUAAAAUUCCAUAUCCAUGGCUGGUUUUCAAUGAGAAGAUAAAAGUGAACUCUGUUUUCCUACGGGAUUCAACAGCUGUGUCUGACUCAAUGCUCCUCCUAUUUGGUGGAAGCUUUUCAAAAGGGGCUGUAGAUGGACACUUGAAAAUGCUGGGAGGAUAUCUGGAGUUCUUCAUGAAACCUGCUAUAGCAGAAAUGUAUCAAUGUUUAAAAGGGGAACUUGAUGAGUUAAUUCAAACCAAACUACUGAACCCCAGGAUGGACACACACGCAUUUCAUGAACUCCUUUCUGCAGUGCGGUUGCUGCUCUCAGAGGAUCAAGGAGAGGGUAGAUUUGUAUUUGGCCGCCAGGUCCUUACAUCCUCAAAGCCAUCUGUCUUGGCAGCACAGCCAGCCUCAACCUUGGUUUCAAGAACUGACAGUGGCCCUGGGGGUGAUAAUUCUAAGAGUCAGCUCCAGACAUUGCUCACAAGAGCAGGAUAUGCUGCACCCACCUACAAAACUAAGCAACUGAAGAACAGCCAGUUCCGAGCUACAGUAGAGUUUAACGGAAUGGAAAUUAUGGGCCAGCCUUGUAAUAACAAGAAGAGUGCAGAAAAAGAUGCAGCAGCUGAGGCCAUCCAGUGGCUGGUGAGUGGAACACAAAUGGGCCACGGUUACAUCAAUCAUGUGUCAAUGAUGUUGAAGAAAAGCAAAAGGGACCAUAAUUAAAUCCCUAUUUGCCAAUCCUCCCUCCCAAAAAGGACUUAAUGAGAGGGCAGUGAACACAACUGGUGGUGCUUGGGAGAGUUCCUUUGAGAACCAAUGUGGUCACAAUGUCCAACUUUAUUACCUGCCUCAGGAAACAGUGAAAGGUCGGGCAGCAUUAUCGCCUAAAAAGCCAGCAGAUGUGGCCUGAUUUCUACAUAAUUUUACACCCAUAAUUGAUCAGACAUCACCAGCAAAUAGUAUUCAAGAUGCCAAAGUUGUGGUUGAUUUUGGCAUAUUGGAUCGUCUGCUUCAGGAGACAGGGUACAUCUGAGCUAAAGUUGAGGGGACUGGAAUUGACAUAUUUUGGCCAUUGCAGUAGUCGCAUUUGGAUCACAGCACUGAAUGAUGGUGACCAAGAGAGUUUGUUAAGGACAGGUGAAAUUCUAGUUAUCAGCACUUAGAAAGAGUGGAGGAGAAAUAUACACGAACACAUUUGCAAAUGCAAAACGGGUGAUUUCUCAAGCCAUUGUGAGCUUGGAUUUUCACUUUGAUGUAACAUAUUAUUCUUUGGGAUGGUUCGUAGGCCAGUGUAGUGAAAACAUGUUACCCUUUUCACUUUUUGUUAAUUAGUAGCUGCUUGUAAAUUCCAGAAUGGCCCUGAUUAUUUUGGUAAUAUAGCUGCAGUGAAAUGAUCA